GAAACAUCUGACAACUUGACCAUGUCAGACAGGGGUGAAGACUGUGUGGACGCCAGAAAUGUGAACACGAAAGAGUAUGUGUGAUUUUGAUGAAAAUUGAUUAAUAUGAUUAAAAUGAGCAUUUACUGAAAAUGUACUCAUCCUCGGGCCAUCCGAGAUUAGUUUGUUUGGAGAAAUUCCACAAUUUGAUCACCAAUGGAUCCUCUGCAGUGAAUGGGUGCCGUCAGAAUGAGAGUCCAAACAGGUGAUAAAAACAUCACAAUAAUUCACAAGUACUCCACAUGACUCAAGUCCAUUAAUUAUAUCUUCUGUAGCGAAAACAAAUCCAUGAAACUGUUGUUUCCUCUGUCCAUAAUAUUGCUUUUUUUUACUUGUGUCUGACAGCCCCCUUUCACUGCAGAGGGUCCAGGAAAUAAACAAAAAUUGUCAGCAUUGAUUUUUCUGAUCACUUCCUCUGCUAACUAAACACUUUUUAAUUACUGCUUCCUGAAGUGACUGUAAAACAUUUUCACAUUAAUUAUGAAAGAAUCAUAAAAGUGUCUCUUUGUUUGCCGGGAGUUUGCAUCUCACUGAUCACAGUCGAUCAGACGGAUGCCAAACCACAUUCAGAUGUUUUUCAAUACAACAUGAACUACCCCAGUCUGGGACAAUGUGUCAUCAUCAACAACAAGAACUUUCACAAAAAAAACAGGAUUGGAAGUUCGUAACAGGACAGAACAAGAUGCAAAGAAUCUGACAGACACCUUCUCAAAGCUGGGCUUCAAAAUCAAAAUUAGCAAAGAUCAGACUGUCUCACAGAUGAGAGAUCUGUUAACUGAAGUGUCUCGGGAAGAUCACAGUCAUUCGGCCAUGUUUGUGUGUGUGUUGCUGAGUCAUGGAGUAGAGAAAAUGAUAUUUGGCACAGACAGCUGUAUCGAGCUAAAAGAACUCUUUGCACUCUUCAGAGGAGACCGCUGCAAAUCACUGGUGGGGAAACCCAAGCUUUUCUUUAUUCAGGCUUGCCAAGGCUCAGGUCUGGAUACUGGCAUUGAGUGUGACAGUGAAGGAGGACAACGAAGGAUUCCUGUUGAGGCAGAUUUUUUGUAUGCCUACUCCACACCGCAAGGUUAUUACUCCUGGAGAAAUGUUAAUAAUGGUUCCUGGUUCAUCUCCUCGCUGUGUGAGAUGCUGUCAGAAUAUGGCAAGCAACUGGAGAUCAUGCAGAUCAUGACACGUGUCAACCACAAGGUGGCGCUGGACUUUCAAUCCUUUUCCAAUUGGCCAGGGUUAAAUAGCAAGAAACAGACACCGAGUAUUGUGUCUAUGCUUACCAAAGACCUCUAUUUCCCUAAAUAAUUAAUGUGUUAAUUUUACUGAUUAGGUUGCAGUGGGAUACAAAUACUUUUAAAUCAUUAAAAAUAAUAUUAUGUAGCCAUUUGACUGCAGCCAAAACAGGAACAAGGGAUAUAAAGGGAAUUUAUAGGUCUAUAUAAUCAUGAAUACUUGAAAUUACCUGCAUUUUUCCAUCCCUGUGUGUGUUUACAGAGCUGGAUUUGACAAAUACUAUAUGAAGAGUUCAGAUGCAAAACCAGAGAUCACCAUCAAAAAUGAGAUAAUGAUACUGAGUGAAUGCUCCUGACACAUAGUAUACAUCCAUCAAAUACUUUUGCUUCAAACUCGCUAAAUUCCAGCCUCAGACCAAUCAGAAAUGCCAGUACUUACAUACAAACCUAUACAAAGUAGCCAGAAAGAAAUGCUCAUUUUAAAGAAAAACGUCUCUUCAUAUCUCGAACUCUUCAUAUCUCUUUUAGGAUCUUUUUGUGCACAUUUAGGCUGUCAUUACAUUAUGUGCAGAAAACUGAUUUUGAAGUUUACAGUUUUCAGGUUUAUCAUCAGCAUGCAUUCAAGAUAAUUUUCAUAAGGGUUUGACAAGAGGACGUUCCAAACA